AUGGCUUCGCGUCUUGCUAAGAGCGCCAUUGGUGCUGCCCGGCUCCGGCCGACCGUCUCGCGCAACGUCGCUCCCAUCGCCAACCUGACCGUGUCUCGUUCGGCCUCCAACGUCCCUACCGAGGACCCCAAGAAGAAGGCUCAGUCGAUUCUCGAUGCCCUCCCCGGCAACUCCCUGGUCUCCAAGACCGCUACCCUCUCCGCCGCUGCCGGUCUCUCCAUUGCCGCUAUCAGCAAUGAGCUCUAUGUCAUGAACGAGGAAACCGUUGCUGCUUUCUGUCUUCUCAGCGUUUUCACCGCCGCUGCUAAGUACGGUGGUCCCAUGUACCGUGAGUGGGCUGAGGGCCAGGUCCAGAAGCACAAGGAUAUCCUGAACGCUGCCCGUGCCGACCACACCAACGCUGUCAAGUCGCGUAUGGACAACGUCCAGGAGCUUGCUGGUGUUGUUGAGGUCACCAAGCAGCUCUUCGCUGUUUCCAAGGAAACCGCCCAGCUUGAGGCUCAGGCCUAUGAGCUCGAGCAGCGCACUGCCCUUGCCCACGAGGCCAAGCAGGCUCUCGACUCGUGGGUUCGCUACGAAGGUCAGGUUAAGCAGCGCCAGCAGCGUGAGCUUGCCGAAUCUGUCAUCGGCAAGAUCCAGAAGGAGCUUGAGAACCCCAAGGUCCUCCAGCAGAUCCUCCAGCAGAGCGUUGCUGAUGUUGAGCGUAAGUAA